GAUGGUUGAGAGAAAGUUUCGUGUUGUGUAAAAUGUUCAUGUGUCAAGCGAUUUGAAUUGCACUGUGGUUUACCUGCGAGUGUUCUUUGUGGUAAGAUCACAAAUAGUUGUCUGUGAUAUGUCGAAUUUAUUCAUUCAUUUUCAGACUAACAACACAGUCAACAUUUUUGCGCCGAUGCAGCGGUCAUCAACAUUGGACCAAAUGAAGUCUGCAAUAAACAGGUUUUCUGACAUUAUUACGUCUCACUUGCUGUUGAUUGCAGUGAUUAUAUGUUGCAUCAUUAGUGUCAUCAUGACCAUAUCCAUACUGAUCUCCAGGAAGUUACGAAUGCAUUACAGAAUUUAUAUAUUUUCACUGGUAUUAGCAUUCCUUUCAUGGACAGUCCUUGUUUCGAUAUUUUGUUAUCAAAUUGGCCCAAUAUACAGCUUGAUUUCGCUCGUUUUAACAUUGCUCGCAGGAGGAACAGCAAUUUUUUUGGGUUUCAGAUCUAGAGAAUUCUCAGCCAAGGGGUAUAUCUUAUUCUACGCACUGCCCAUGGUACUUUUCGUCAUCGGGAUUAUUUUCCUCAUUCUUUUUCAAAAAUAUGGUUCUCCAUUCGACAUAUUAUGUGGAUUAUUUCUCGGAGUGGGAACAAGUCUUAUCAUAUACCUAUCUACAGUGUGGUUGAAAUAUUCUCCUGAUGAAACAAUCCACUCAGUGGUAUUUACGGUCUUCCUUGAAUUCAUCGAGUCAGUGGGACUAUUCAUGAUAUUCGCUAUGUUAUUCUGGCUAAAAGUGGAACUAUCCCCGACUAGUGAGUUGGAAUAAACGCAGCUGAUAAUCUAUCGAUUUCCAACUCUUCAUGAUUCAUGAAUAA